AUGAGUUCUGCCCUAUGCAGCGAAUCGGAACACGAAGAUUCCUGGUCGACCGAUAGUCCUUGUCUUUCUGAGGAUACUGAGGACCGUGACUUUAUUGUGUCUGACUCGGAGUCACUGUCAGAACAUGGCGAUGAAUUUGAGGAAGAGAGCGAGGACUAUGUUUCCAACAUACCGAAAGGCCGGAUAAACCCGAUUCGAGUGAUUGCCAAGCGGAAGGUGGUCUCUGAUGGUAGUUCCUCCAAUGAGUACCUAGUGCUGUGGUAUUCCUGGGAAGCUGGAGAGGCAGCGUUGGAGUUAGUUGGAGGGCUGAGCUAG